CCUCUGUCAUCCAGACAGCUUCCCCACACCACACUCAGUCUUCACCCACAGAGCCAAGAGAUCUCCAAAACGGAGAGGUUUCCUUCGUAACAAGAUGGACAGAAAGAGACCGAGUCGUGACGAGAGAGAGAAGGGCAAAGGAAGAGCGUGUGCACUGAAACAAGUCCAGCUGAAAGUGUCUGAUCUGGGUCUGGGCUACCGGAGUCAGGAGGAGCUGAUUUUCAGUUACUGCAGCGGCGUGUGUAUGAACUCCCUCACAAACUAUGACAAAAUCCUCACCGGCCUCGCCAGCAACGGCAAAAACAUUCUGCACAGCUCUCCUCCCACCGCCUGCUGCCGACCUGUCGAAUACGACGACGACCUGUCCUUUCUAGAUGACAACCUCAUAUACCACACCAUGAAGAGGCACUCGGCACGGAAAUGUGGCUGUGUCUAAGAAACUGUGACAAUGACACCAGACGGGAAAAUCAAUGGAAACUAUUUCAGGUUAUUACAUGUGUGAGCAUGGCUCGGUCGAGGAAAUCAUCAUGAUUGCAUUUCUCUAAGAAGAUACAGGAUAAGGAACUGCAAGAAUAUUAUUGCAAGAUGUUCAAAAACUGGUACAUACACUCUCAGAAGAAAAAAGAUGUAACUAGGACGCUACCCGAAGAUAAAAAAAGCUAAAAAGUGUGAAUAUGUACACUUUAGGUACUAAUAUGAACUAUUUAGGGGUAACAUUAAAUACCACCCCAGUGACAGCUUUGUACCUUUUUUCUGAGAGUGUACAUCAUUUAACCCAUAGGAAGGCACAUCUUAAACAGAAAGACGGGAUAUUUUGUGUGCUGUGCUU